AUGCUGCUCUGCCGGUGCGGCGUUGGAUUCCUUGCUGGCGUCCUCAGCAUGAGGGGUAUCCGAGACAUCGGCACUGUGACGCGUGCAAGCUCGAAGAUGGAGCAGCUGACCGCAGCAAAGGCACUAAUUCAGAAGCUGGAGAAGCAGGCGGUGAUUUCAGAUUAUGAACGGGAGAAGCUCGAGGCAAUGGACGAAGAGGUGUUGAUGAAGCACACGGACCAACCGGAUGAGCAGAGAGUCUUAUACGACUUGCAGUACCGAGCAGAAAAUUUGUGCAACAAACGUUUUGUCGAGCACACGCGAAAUUCGCCCAUGCUUGAUUACGAGCACGGACACAAGCCGCACCGAAGCGUCUUGGCCGCAGACGCCCUGCACUCCCAGGUGCUGCAGCAGCAGGCUGCUCCGGAGUGGGCCUCGUCCCUGGAGACUCAACCAGGGGAUCUUUCCGUGCUGGUCAUCGCCAGCGCUGGGCGCCAGGAGAUGGGACAUCAAGGUUCUUCUCGUGCAUCUCUCGAAGCUGAUAGUGGGAGCAGCGGGCAAAUACGCAGUUACAUGUGCCAAGCGGGUUCCAGCCAUGUAGCCGCACCUCGGCUUGUUGUUUGCCUCUUGCUCAUUAAGAUCUACUCACCUAGCUCGUAG